AUGGAGCACAGUUCCUUUCCAAAGUUCAUUGAUGGCGACAUCAAACUCACAGUCCAACCAGAUGUCUACAGACUUCACUCUCAAGUGCUUGCGGCCGCCUCGAAGGUUCUUGGAAACCUGGUUUCCCCUUACCAUGAAAUAGGUCCACUGCCAUACAUACAGGGAAUGAACCAUCUAGGUAUCCGUGAGAUCAAUCUAGUCGGCGACGCUGCUCAUAAAUUAGGUGUCUUUCAAAUCCAGGAACCGCAUUAUUUUAACAAUGAAGUCAUCGGGUUCGCUGAUCUGAGUUCUUUCCCUGUCUGGCCGGAGAAGACUCGCCGGUGCUGGGAGAACAUGUUCAAGAUGUUUUACAAGAUCAAUCCUACGCUGCAUGAUGGUGGGACCCCCAGCAACUUACUGAAGAACAGUCUAGAAUUGGUUGAGCUAGGAGAAGAUAUCGAAGCAACCCAUGUCGUCUUCCCCGCUAUUGGUACGGCUCUCGAAGUGUAUGACCAGGAGCUAUACCAUUGCAUUGCCAACGACCCGAUCAAUUGGAACAAGCUCGGCAUGAAAAUCCAGUCGACCUUAAUCUUCCAAGAAUCGGUCAUCCAUUUGGUAGGGAGAUGGAAUUCCCUUACCGAUGACGGCUUCAAGUCGCUGUCUGAAUCUGCUCUCCAGCUGUGCUCGAAAAAGCAUGAUGAGGUUCUCAUGUUAAAACAGAUCGUCGAACAGAGAAUCUUGAAUCAUCAGCCAGGUGCCAUCCGCCACGCCAACCCGGCCGAUUCCAAAUGCAGAGAUGUUUACAUGUGGAUGGCAAUAGCCUUCUUCAGGCAGUGGCUAUGCCAAACCAUUGCUGACAGUCAAAAUCAUCGUGCCCUGGAUGGCGGAGCUACCUUCUACCGUGCCAUUGGCUCCGGGGGCCGUGCUUACCUCGAGGUAAUAGAUCAGAGCAGCCUCGUCCUACUAUUCCCGAUCGACCAUGGCGAGGUAAAGAUCAUUGAGGAAAGGCUCACAAAGUUGAAGGAUCAAGUGAAGAAUCUAGCUGCAAGUUUGCUGGUUAAUCGAAGCCGUUAUGACCCUAAGGCCUGGGGCGAACUCCCUUAUCUCACAUGCUGCAAGCUCUACAAUCAAGACUUUCCCUGGAAGGUGGAUACUUUGGAAAACGCUGAUCAUUAUCAGACCGAGGACGAUGUCAUGUCCUUGCCGCCUAUCCCGCCCUGCCAGCCAGAUACUGGAAGUACCGUCCCAACAUACGGAGACGUGAUGGUCAGCUCCAGCCCCAGCCAGCUCCUAGCCGAUAUCAGUUUCACCAGUACCCUCGACUCGAUGAACAGCUUCUUGAGUUCAGACACGACCUGGGACAUGGACCCAGAUUUUGUCCCGAUACUUCCAUCCCGGCCACUCUUCACCCCCUUCGACGUUGUCACUGAUGCCCUCUACCAAAACCAACUUUAUGGGCUCGGCCUGCUCAAUGUCUUCGAUAACACUCUUCUCCCUUUGCCGGUGGAUCUCGAAGCCACGACUUGUUCCCCGCAGCAGCAGAAUCCUACUUUGAACCUCACUUGA